CUUCUGUUUUUCAAUUCAAACCGAAACGGUCAUCGACAUCGACUAAUCUUUGAUAAGCUGCCCCUCGUUUUAAAAUUUUGGAAGAAGUAAUUUAUGCCACCGAAGUUUUCCAACUAGAGUACAAAGCCACUCUUGUGGAAAACCAUAGCAUUCCAUCGUGCUGGGAAAAAGGAUCUGAUAAUGGAUGUUUCUAAUAAGUGCUCCCGUAACCCAGAGGAAGAUACCCCGUUAAUUGAUCUGGAAAAACCUGCUAUUGAAAAAGUUGAUAAGAAUCCACCAUUGAUCCCUGCACCAAGCACCAUGGUUAAUCCAGACAACAAUCCCUUUGAUGCUGUCGCUGAGCUUACAAAGCAAGACCCAUUUGAAAUGGUUUUGCAAAAAGCAUUCAGUGAAGAUAAGUCAACAAACACCAACAUCGAAGUCCGCUAUGAUCUUGUAUCUUUAGAUGAUUCUGAUGAAAAUAACUCUACCACCAAUGGCGUAACUCCAAAAUAUAGCAAAACCUCAAAUCUAGUCCCAUCAAAUGUUAAUAGUGGCAAUGAUUCAAAAAAUGAUUCUUUUUACUCACCAAUUAUGCCGCAAAACCAAUUGCAAGUUACUUGCUAUUCCAAGAACAACGGCAAUUCUCUUGAAGGCUCCGACGAUUUAAGUUCAAAGAAAUCCAGCACAAGUAUAAAUAUCUCAGCUCUGUCAUCAUUGCAUUGUAUUUCAGCAAAUUCCAACAACGAGUGUGAAAACUCUGUAUUCCUAGGCGAUUCCUUAAGCUCUGAUCAGAAUAUCAAAGAGUUUGUCGCUGCUCGAAUACAGAACGUUAUCAAGAAAACACUGAACAAAUCCUUCUCAGGCUUUGAUCAAAAGAAGGAUCUCACAACAAAAGGUAGAAGCACUGCAAAGUCUGUGUCUACCGUUGAUGGUUGGUGCUCUCCUGAUAGAAAUGAAACAAGAGCUGUCUCAGAUUAUUCAAGUAAAUCAUAUGGUUCAAUGAAUCAAGGUUUCUUAAAAACAACUGCAAGUUUAACUUCAGAUAAUACUUUCAAUGAAAUUUCGGAAACAGCCGCUGAUGAUUUGAAAGCACCUAGUCUCUCUGAAAAAUACAAGGUCAACAGUUCCCUAUUCCGGUCUCCACCUGUAGAAAUCCUGCGCGAGGCAACACGAUUAAGUCGAUCAUUUUCAGUUGGGUCAACAGACUAUGCAAAUUUAUUAGAUAACAAUGAGGAUCUUUUGUCAAUCAAACCAAAAUGGGAAACACUAGAUUCUGAUUCUGAUGGAGACGGCUCUGAUGACAGUUUCAAAAGCCUAAGACUGAAUAUUCGCCCGGCCAGCAUAUCCACUCCACCACAAAGAAUGUUGGAUUCCGAGUCGCUCCAGAAAUAUAAGAAAAGAUUAAGUCUUCUUUCCUCUGCAGAGCCAACUCCAGAAAAGGAAACACAUGUAAAGCAGCGUAGCCGCAGUGCUGAUCGUGCAAUUUCUGACUCAGCAUUGAAGCAGCUAUCUACCAAAUUACUUAAUAUUAAUCUGCAACCAGCCUUGCCCAUCUCUAAGUUGGAGGAUGCGAAAUUGCGGCCGAAGAAUCCAGAACCAGAAAAAAUAAGGCGUGGACCGAUGAAAGCUCUGGUUCCUUUGAAGAAUAUGCUAAGGGGGAAAGAUAAUAGUUCAACGAAGGCGAACUCACCUACUCAGAAAGCUUCAACUGCUAAGAAGUCAUCAAUAAAACCAGCUGCGUCUUCCACGCCGAAACGCAAUAGAAAACCUCUGGCAGAGAAUAAUGCGCAGAAUUCACCUACAACUAGCAAACACAACCGCAGCCCGUUGAAGCAUAGACGGAGCAACUCUUAUCAAUUCAAGAAUUCUACUCCAGAGAACAAAGCCUCUCAAAGGUCAUCCUCAGCAUCUAGAGCUAUCGGUGGCAUUAAACCACCCACGCCGAUCAGUAAAUUACCUGGGCUCAUUCAAGGAUCCCCCAAAAGAACGAGAGAGGAAUGCGGUUUCUCGCCCAAAAGCAGGAUUGCCACUCCUACAUUUAAAGGAAGACUUAGCCUCUGUUCAGGAAAAGAAAAUGUCAACCAUGUCUAAGCUGCAAGGAGGCAAGUUCUUUUUUUUACCAUUUGAAAUUUUGGGACAUUUUUUUUUUAACCAAAAUGAAUCAACUAGAUUGCUUUGUAAUAUCUCAAUUCUCCGGUUGUUAUUUUUAAAUUUUUUGGCUGUUUUAGGAUCGUAUUAGUUUUUAAUUUUUAGCUCUUAUGCCAGGGGCCAUGAGUGCCCUUUUUUCUGAGGAAAAUAAUUUUGUGGUUACUUACGUUUCAUAUAACUUUUUUAUUGUCAUGUUCUUAUUUUUUAAACUACAUUUUAGCAUGCUAGAAAAGUUUUUACUGUACUAAAUUGCUCAAUUAACACUGAAAAAUUACAAGGGUCCAGAAACUUUCUUACCUUUGUCUUAAUGAAAUAAGCUAUCAGAUUUUUCAGGAGUGCACUGAAAACAAGCUUCACAACUCUCUUCACAUAAAUAAUUGCAGCACGUUUCCUUUACACCAGGUAAUUCUUGGGCGCUUAAAAACUUCACACAUCUGAAAUGAAGCACUAAGCAAUUUUUCACAUAACUUUAUGCUGUUAGGAAUUUCCUUCCCACUAUGUCUUGGGAUGUAGAAAGACCCUGGCCUUAUCAUUUUUUUUAUAGAUAUUCCCCUUUUUAAUGCCCUUUUUAUCCAAAAUUUUCCAAGAGUUGUCCUUUUUGUUCAAUUACCCCCUUUCUCUCCUCAGUGAAGAAUUUCCGAUGCCCCCUGGGCCUCUUAUCAAAAUUUUGUGUAAAGCACGCAUUUUAUUGCUUUUGCCUUCACAUUUUUCUCACUGUUGGGUGGUCACUAGGUCGAAGAAGUUUCGGAUCCUUGAAAAAUUACAUCUACUGUUUGACUUUGAUAGAAAUACUAGAAUUGCACAAAGCAGCUUUUGUUGGACCAUAAAUUGUGCAGUUUGAAAAGUCGUCGUGCAAAAAUGGCUUGUAUAUUUUUCAUUGUUCUUAAGUAGCAUUCAAAAUCUUUUCGAGUAACUGGAAAUGAACAGCACAAUUCUUUAAAAAAUGUCUCAAGAAUAGAUGAUUAGGAUGUUGUUUUUUGUGGUUCUACAUUGUUUUUAAUUAUUUAAGGUUUGAUUAAAGUUUGCAUGCCACUUUGUGUAUUUCCUCGUGAAAAUACACGUAUGUCCAAUCAAAAAACACCAUAUUUUAUAUUUUAAGGUGUGCACAUUCAAUUUUAAAGACUGGACUUUAUCUCUCGAAACGUAGGUAAUUAAUUUCUUCUGAUGAAUUAUUGACUUGAAAAGUCUUCCUAGUUCUAUUUUUGCGUGUUCAUAUUAUUUUGUUGAAUUAAAGUGAAAUAUGUGAAAAUCAAGGGACAUGAUUCCCAAAAUUGUAUAUGUAAACACAUUCCAUAAAUGUCUCAUGAAUACAUAGAAGUAUGAGAUAUACAUAUCAUCCCUUUUCUGUUGAACAUUUCAACCUUGUGAAAGAAGACUGAAAUUGAUAAUUAUGAAUGUAUGUUAGAAGGAUCCGCUUUAGGCUGUGUUUUAGCGUUAAUAAAUUUAUCCCGUACACAAGUCA